AUGACAUCUCAAUUAUUACCCUUGGAGUUAAUCGACAAAUGCGUUGGCUCACGCAUUUGGGUGGUGAUGAAAGGGGAUAAAGAAUUUGCAGGUACGCUGUUGGGCUUCGAUGACUAUGUCAAUAUGGUGCUUGAGGAUGUGACCGAAUUUGACUACAGCGGCUCUCAUACGAAGCUCCCGAAAAUCCUACUAAAUGGCAACAAUAUUUGCAUGCUCAUUCCCGGCGGUGAGGGUCCUGAAACGACUGAAUCAUGA